CCCCCAGACGAUUACGGCUCCUACGAGGCUGUGGAAGGCCCCCCGGGUGCCCCCCUCUUCCCCGAGCCCUCCCUGGACCCCGAGGGGCUUUGCGAGCCCCCAGGGGGGGCGAAGGGCGCUGGGGUGGGGGGGGUCCCCGACUUCCUGCCCUCGGCGCAGCGGGCGCUCUACCUGCGCCUCCAGCACAAGCAGCGUGAGGAAGAGGAGCGGGCGCGAAGGCUGGCUGACGGCAACAGGCAGGAACGCACCGACGAGGAAGGUGACACUGGCAACUGGUACUCGAGUGACGAGGACGAGGGUGGCAGCAGCGUCACCUCCAUCCUCAAGACCCUCCGGCAGCAGAGCUCGGGCCGGCCCCACGGCGACAUGGGGCAGCCCCACAGCGACAUGGGGCGGCCCCACGGCGCCUCCGACCCCCGGCUGCAGAAGACGGCAGUGGGAAGCGGCCGCCCCGCAGACCCCCGGCUGCGGGACCCCCGCUUGGCUCGCGGCACUGAGCCCUCCGAGGCCGUCCCGGUGGACCCCCGGCUGGCUCGGCAUGGCCCCAAAGUGGAACAGCUUCACCCCGGAGGCCCCAAACCCCCCGGGGGAGGCCCUGAAGAGGACGACGGCGGCGAGCGGGCGCUGCGGGAGAAGCCCCUGGGCAUCCCCCUGGAAGCGCUGCCGGGCCAGGCGCUGCGGGACCCCCGGGGGCAGCUGCAGCAGUUCAGCCACAUCAAGAAGGCCGUGGUGCUGAGCAAGCCGCCCUUCGCCCGCACGGUGCUGUGGAACCCUGAGGACCUCGUCCCGCUGCCCAUCCCCAAGCAGGAUGCGGCCCUCACCGACCCGCGCCUCCACCCGCGGCAGCACCGCGCUGCCGAGCCUGCACCGCCCGGCGGCCUCCCCGACUUCGAGCUCCUCUCACGGAUCCUAAAGACGGUGGCGGGGGGGGACAAACCCAGCGACCCCCGUGUGCGCAAAGCGCCGGCGGAUCCCCGUCUGCACAAAGCCUCCGAAAGCGGAGGCUGCGGGGCCACCAAAAGCGCUGAGCCUCCCGGCGCCACUACUGCUGCCAGUACCGAUGGCGCACCGGCCAUUGCGCCCUACGACCCCCGGCUGCUCACCAAGGGCAGCGGGCAGAGCAGCGUGCUGAGCGCCAUCAGCCUCUACGACCCCAGGACUCCUCCGGUGGCCCCCAGAGCCUCGGAGCCUCCCGGUGAGGCCUCCAAAACCACCGGCGAGGCCUCCAAAGCUGCUGACGGCACCGCCAAAGCCGCCGCCAAGCCCAAGGAGCCGCUCUUCAUCCGACGCUCGGCUCUCGAGCAGCCCGAGGUUUCGUCCGACGCCGCUUCCGACCGCUAUAACAGCUACAACCGGCCCCGACCCAAAGCCCCCACGCCCUCCGUCGCCCCCCCGGAGACUCCCCCGCAGCCGGGCCUCCCCAGCGCGCCCAUGCCGUUCGGUGGCAGCCCCUUCGCCGGCGGCAGCCCCAGCACCGAGCAGCAGCAGCAGCCCGAGGACGCCGCCUCCCUCAAGGACGUCUUCAAGGGCUUUGACCCCACGGCCUCACCCUUCUGCCAGUAGCGCCGCCUGCGGGGUCCUCCGCU